CUAAAAGCACCCUGCUCAGGGCUCUGCUUCAGGAAGCUUCCACCAUCCUGCCUUGAGACCACACCAGCUCCCCAAAGCCAGAGAUGAUCAAGGAGGAACACGAGGUGGCCAUCAUGGGGGCACCCCAGGGCCCAGGACCCGUGAUGUCCACCGUGGUCAACAUCCAGCCUGAGACCAUCGUGCCCGACCACAUCGUCUGGUCCCUGUUCAACUCCAUCUAUUGCAACACAUGCUGCCUGGGCUUCGUGGCGUUCGCCUACUCUGUGAAGUCUAGGGACCGGAAGAUGAUGCAGGAUAUGGUUGGUGCCAAGAGUUACUCAUCCACUGCCAAGUGCCUGAACAUUGUGGCCCUGGUCUUUAGCCUCACUCUGUUCAUCAUUUUAAUUGUAAUUAAGUUAACGAUCGGAAUAUAACUAUUCUGUACAGUUAGGAGGUCACAAAGACUUAGGUUUCUGGAGGCUGCCCAUAGCCUGAGGCUGUCACCUCUUCACAGCUGUUCCUACCCACGUGUGUCUCCAACUGAAGGCAAUAAAGGACACACACCUGACAA